AUGAGAGGAUUAUUAUACAAAGCAGCUGUUAUAGCUUUCAGCACCACAGCCACAGCCAUCACCAAGGAGCAAUUAGAAGAUAUUGCGCCAAAGACUUCGAGCUGCACUGAUGCCAAAUAUGCAGACGAGUGUGCAACAAGCGAAGUAGCAGCUGAGCAACUAACUAAGGCCAUUGAAGAGCACAAAUUGAGUGCAAGUGAGAGUGCAGCAGUUAUCGCCUGGCAGUUGAAUGAGUCACUUGAGUACCGCUACAAUAUCAACCAUUUCAGUAAUGGACAAGAAAAGCACAAUCCAGGCCAGGGUUCUCGCUGUAUGGCCAACUCUCAAUUCGUGGCGGCAUACGUCGCUGCACACGAUGAUUUACGUAGUCAAUCGCCUGUUGAGCUUGAAGCCAACGCUACGCCUGCCAGUAUCACCGGAAUGAACAUCAGCGACGAAGACAAGGACAAGAUUUUAGAUCUCGUAUUAGAUGAUGCACACAGCUGGGACGUCGCAUUCUGGUUCUACGACAGCCAAUGUACAGACAGCGUAAAAGAGCAACUCAAGGACGGUGGCCUCGACGCAUUCAUGCAACAAUGCGUGGGUGGACCAACACCGGAGAAAAUAUACAACUAUUAUGAGAAACUAUCAGAUGUACUCUAA